CCUAACCUAAAAGUCUUUUUAUUUAACAUACCAACAAUAUUGAACAAAAUAACAGAAAUUUAAUUAAUAACUAAUUAAAAAAUUUAAAGGUUGCAGCAUUAUUAGAUUAACUUUCCAGUGAUAAAUUAAUUCUCGUAGUUGUUCUAUUUAUUUAGUGACAAAAUGUGGAGUUAUAAUCAAUUUGACUUACUGACUUGGAGAAUUCUUAAAAUUAACUUAACUAAUAAAUAAUUUUUAUAGUUAUUAAUCUACUAAUACAUUCAACAGACAUAAAAAAACAAUGUGCUCAAAUUUAAUAAUUCAGAUGCCUUUAGACAUUCUAAUAAAUAUAUUAGCCCGUUUAGAACUUUAUGAUCUUCGUAAUUUAAUGCUAACGUGUAAAUCUUUUAAAAAUUUAAUAUUGAAUGAUAACACUCUGUGGCGGAUGAAAUGCUCAAGAAGACUAAUUUUGAAAAAUAAGGGGAGUGAAUUGAAUCCAUUUUCCUGGUAUAAUAAAUGCAGAAUAUCAUAUAACUGGUGCAAGGGAAUUUAUAGGAAUAAGGUUAUUAUCCAACACACAACCAACUACAUGCCUUGGCUACAGUUUUGUAGCUCUGACGUAUGGUACCUGUCAGUGGGCUCAGAUCUGCGAUGCUAUUCAGUUGAUAAUAGAGGUUUACCAAUUUCUAGUCUUCUAUGGACAAUACAUGUGCCAACUGUAAAAAGAGAUGAUGUACGUACAAAUGAUAUCUCAAGGUUCAUUGUGAAGGAUAAUAUAAUUAUUUGUGGGAACAGAGAUGGAUGUGCUGCAGUGUACACAUUUGAUAAUUCGAGAAGAAAACCUAAUUUAUUGAUACACAUUGAAGAUGGCCAUGAGGAUGGUCUUGUAGAAGUGUCUGCAGUGGAAAAAAUACGAGACACCAUAAUCACUGCAUCUAGUGAUUGUUCAUACAUAUGUUUUUGGGAAUGCAGAAAGGAUGAAAAUAAUUCUUAUUACAAUAAUGUGAAUUGUAAAACCGAAUAUAAGUUGGUAAAUGAAAUUGGCUGUAGAUGCAUUGCAGCUAAUGAUGCGCAAGACAGACUGGCGCUUGGUCCUAAUGGAAAUAGUAAGCCUCUUUUACUUGACGUCGAUACUGGGAGCUUUUUAAUGUCAUCGGAUGCUACUAGGAACGCCAAACAGGUGGUCCGAGAUAUCCAGUGGCACGAUGGGAACUGUGUGGCGUAUGUCACCCACUCAGGAAAAUUAAACUUAGUUGACGUUAGGAGUUCUGCAGUGGUGUAUGAAACGCAGGACCCUUUUCAAUCCUCCCUGUACUGUCUCAAGACUGACUCGGACCGCGCCGUGGUGGUCGGCUCAUCGGAGUACUCGCGAUGUGUUCUCUUCGACUUGCGCUCCACUCAUCAUGUUCAGAUGUAUUUCACCCAGAAAAAAUCUUCUCCAAUAUACAGCCUGGACUUUGAUUCAACCAAACUAAUAGCUGCAGCCGAUCGCGGGGUAGCAAGUUUAAACUUCAAUGUCAGUGCGGCUACAACACAAGCAAAAGAUUUCUCGCAUGCGUUUGAGUUUGUACAUAGAUAAAUAUUUUUAUGUAAAUAAAUAUUAUUUAGGUACAUAUUAUUAAAUUAUUAUGAAAUGUUUCAUUCUUACGGUUCUGUAGCUCUA